GAAGACUCCGCAAACUACAAGUACACAUGGAGCCUUCCACGCUUGAUGUCAUACCGUCUUCUGGCCCAGCACCUGCUCCCUCCUCCUCUUCUCGCAAGAGGAAGCGCGAGGGUGAGAAAGUGGUUCUUGGGGAUUCUUUCGUUAUAGGGGUGCGCACGUUCCCCAUAUGCUGUACCCUUUGGUAUUCUCUGAGUUCUGACAGUUCGUCUCAUACCAUAGCCAUACUCUUCAUCUGUAUUUGAUUCCUCUCUGAAGCUCACUCCAGCCGUUGCUCUGUCCCGCUCUUUCAUACCAUUGCAAUGGCUUGCCGGAACACCCUCACGUCUUUUCUCCUUUGCGAAUAAUCUGCCGGUGCUAGAGGUUCCGGGGAAGAUACUGGUAGCAAAGGUUGACGGAGAGAGGCAGUUGGCUGCCGUGGAGAAGGUUCAGGAUGGGGUAUACGCUAUUUUUAAACUGUCAACACAAUUGAAAAUGAGGGAUGUGAGGAAAACUGUGGCAUUGGCGAGAAAGGCCCCACAUGUGCCUCCGAAUUUGGAGUUUGAUGGAGUUGGAGACGGGCGAUUGGGCGGUGAAUGGUGGUCUCACUUGAGGAUUAGCGAUUACACAGUGAAAGACUUGCUAUCGUCACCGGAUCCUGUUGGCACUUUGACCAUGGGUUCCCCUGAUUCCGAAGCUCUUCGGAGUAGCCAGGCAUCGCUGUUGGUCUCUGUUAUCAUUUGCCGUGUAUAGUGAAUGCUGAUGAAAAUUUUAUUCGACAGACAAGCUCCAACCAGGGCACUGCCCCCUCCCUCGCCGACUAUUGAGGCGUUGACAAAAGAGUCUGCGUCACCGACGCUGUCUGAUAUUCUUGAAAAUACGAGGAAACAGUAUUUCAAAACUCUUUAUAUUGCAAAAGUAAGGAAUCAGUCUGGGCUUGGGGUCUUCAUAUACUGAUUAAUGGUACCCGGAAGACGUCACUCGCGUACUUUGCGAAAUCAACUCUGUCUCGCGCUCGAGUUGCUAUGCGUGGCGGCUCUUCGGAACUUUCUACGGUACCUAGCGGAGAAUUAAUCAUUUUCUUACAGAGUAUGCUUCUUCCUUUCGACAAAAUGGACCUCAAGUUCCGUAGUAUAGUCCCCCGAAUGGCUCUGGAGGAGAAGGUUCAAGAAAAUGAAGUGCUGCGUGCCGGCGAGGAAGAGUAUGUGCAACUGUGGAGAAGUGCCUCGUUUCAGGAUAGAUUAGUGCGGGCUAGCGACCAAUGGUUGAAGAGGAGAGUUGAAGAGCUCAAAAUUCGGGAGUAUGCAUGCGCGCACAUGUCCAAUCAUUCUUUUUUUGCCUGCUGACCACAUCGUAGAACUGAGUUGCAAAUUAUUCUUUUGCUCGAGAUAAUGUCUUUGCAACUAGGCCAAGUUACACCAACAGAUGGGGAUGGAAGCAAAGAAAUGACGUCUAAAAAAAACAAGAAAUCCACGAAACGCAACGGUAAAAAAAACACUAAGACGGAUGCGCCUAAUUAUCCUCUACUACUCGACUUGCUGGUUGACCGCCUGUGUAUCUGGAGGUCUGUUGGUUCAGUAUCCGAAGGGCCCGAAGAAGAAUCAACGCAGCAAAAACUCAUUAUGGAUAAAGAACAUGACCACCUCAGGCAUUUUUGUGUCGAGGUUGUGCUUGCAUUGUAUGAGCAUCAUAUAUUCCACAAUGGGGAUGACAAGCUAACGGUUGAAAGUUAUGCCUCUAAACUCCCAGAGGAGUGCAAGUCAAUCAACAAAAAAUGCGGGGGUCGAUCAGCCUCGUCAACUGCUCACAGCAAUAAAGAUGCGUCCAACUCGAAUAAAGAUAAACGAAAACUUAUGAGGAAAACCCCAGGAUUUGCUCGCUCUAUUACUGCUCCGGCUGCCCCUAAUGCUACCCGAGAGGCAAGUGUGGAUACUUUGGCUGCCCUCGUCGCAGCUGAUGCAGCAUCUGUGUCAAAAACCAACAUGCGUGGAGGAACUUUGAAUUCCAAGAGCUUUGUCAAGAGACAAGUACAGAUCAGCUCGAAAGCGGUACAAAAGAAGAAAGUGGAUGAAGAAUUAAAGGAUGCAAUUAAUGCCUUGAAAAAGCCAAACCGAAUUGCAGUUGCAGCUGAUAUUGUUGAGGAUGCUAGAAAGCGACUUACAACUGGCUCCAAUAGAAGUAUAAUGCCUUUGACCUCUAAGAGAUAUUCCCUUCGCUGACUCUCCAAAGGGCCAAGAAAAGUUCCCGGGAAUCCGUUGGCAAAUGUCCAGGUUAUGGCAACCCCGAAGCGCAGAAGAACAGCAAAACCCCAGCCAAGCCUUCCACCUCUGCCCGAAGAUGAGAGUGAUGCUGCGCCACAAGAUGACUUACCCGAAGUCGCAAAUCCAAAAACGCAAUUCGAAGUUGCAAGCACGCCGAUCCGCCCCUUACAAAAGCACCGGAUGAUGGAAGAAGAUGGUGUCCCAUCUACUAGCCCCUUUGAGGCGCCCGAAGAUAAUGCACCGAGGCUUUCCUUGAACUUUGCCAAAAACAUGUUUGUCACUCCUAAGAAGCCAAGAUCGAUGGGUACCGACCUUGGAGCUGGCAAUUCCAUUGCUUUGGCUACGCCGAAGAACAACAGCGGGCUUUCCCGCUCCCUUUCGUGCUCUGUAUUGGACACUAAGCCUGUACAGACUCCUGGAUCCUCACCAGAUGGCGGUGUCGGAUUGUUUGGCUCCAUACACGAAACCCCCAUCAAGCGGACUCUGUCGGCAGGUGCUUCUGGUGGAGAUGGGGAAAUCUCCAUAUAUGAUAGUUUGGGGUGGAAUGAUGAUUAUGAACUGUAGCGUAUGAUUUUUCUGUCUACUGCAUUCAUAGAUGGUGGGUUUCAAUGCAUUGCAUGUGGAGUUUGCAUGUUUUCGCCUUCUUCUUUUCUGUAUGAUGAGAAAGUCUACAGUUGAGUAAUGCUAGCACUUGUAUCUAGU